AUGAAUCUCCCCGUUGCCUUUGCCGCUUUGCUUGUUGGACUGGCUGCGGCUCAGCCGCUGGCCGUCCGUGAUCCACAGGACUUUGGCGAUCUGGCUGAAGCAAAUCCUGGCUUCCUGCCUUCUGGCGAUGUUGAAAGCAACGUCCUGGACGCUGACUUUGCCCAGCCGGCUCCUUCGGGCCAGAGCCUCAACGGCAUCCUGGAUCCUGACUUUGCUCAACCGGCUCCUGCGGAUGAGAGCUCCGGCAACGUCCUGGACGCUGACUUUGCCCAGCCGGUUCCUUCGGACCAGAGCCCUGGCGGCGUCCAGCCGGCUCCUUCACGCAAGCGCCCCGGCGGCGUCCUGGAUCCUGAAUUUGCUCAGCCGGCCCCUUCACGCAAUCGUCCCGGCAGCAUCCUAGAUGCCGAAUCCGCUCAAGCGGUUCCGCCCUCGGACCAACUCCCAAACAGUCAAGGCUUCACCCAAACAGCCUGCGACAACAUUCGCAAAAAUUAUAGCCAGAAAUUCGCCGAGUCCAAUUUCGACUGCCAGUUUACCUAG